AUGGUAUCAGACGGUUAUACUUUGCAGUCAGCAUUUGAGUCCCGUUUGUCUUAUGAUAUUAAACAUACUUCUGACGAAGGUAGUACAUUAUUGUACACAACAGGCCCAAUACUGGAGGAUCAUCUUAAUGAUACGCUAAAAGAACUGCUUGAGUUUCACAAUGUUUCAUGUGAAAGCUCUGAGUUGACAUAUAUUUUACCAAAUGAUCUCGAUAAGAAUGAGGUAACCCUUGUACAUAACAUUGAACAAAAAUUUAUCUCCAUUGAAGGUAUUACAGCCGACAAUGAAUUUCAGCCAUAUGUUUCUGAAGAUAUUGUAAAUACCCUUUCUCUUCAACCAAUGGAUGAAGACACAAUUGAUAUUUCAAAAUUUUUUAAUGAUGAUUCUAAUGGAUUUACUGCCAUAUUGGAUGAUAUGGCUACUCAUUUUAAAGUGUAUAUAAUUAUGAAUUAUAAAUUAAUAUCAGAUUUGUUAGAGGUAAACACAAGAUUAAUAGGUACUUCUGAAAAUAUUAUCCGCUGUAAACACCAGGUAUAUGCAUUCAUUCAUUUAUUUAUGAACAAGUUUAACAGAAACGAAAAUUAUGUUGUCGAUUAUCUAGAUAUAGAGACACUAUCAUUUUUACCAUUCUUACACGAUCAACAAAACAUGAAUUUUAUUAAUAAUCAUCUCUGUACAUCUAUUUUUGCACCAGAAAUUGCUCAACAUAAUGAUAAAUCGUUAUCACGACAACUAAUUCUAACAGGAAAUAUUCACGGACAAUUACUGAAGACAAAAAAGAUCAUUGAACAAAGAUUGCAAUGUUUGAACACAUCAAUAUUUUAUAAAAAGAUUUUCAACAUCUCAAGUGCUAAAUUGUUCUUCCUGAAGAAAUUUUGUCAUGCCGAUACCGUCGAGUUUAUGAUUCAAAACCAUUGUUUUAUUAGUCUAAACAAUAAUUCUAUUGAAUUCCAAGCAUUUUCGCCAAUUAUAUUAAAUACCGUGGUUAAACAAUUUACAUUAAAAUUUUUGCAAGAAUUAGUGGAAUUAGCGCUUGUUAUGAACAAAGAUAAUAGCUAUAAUUCAAUAAUAAAAGACAUUAACAAAAACAAACUAUUCAAUGGGCAAUAUGUUGUGAUGAAAUCACACACUUCAGAUGAUAAAAUAAUUAUUUGUGUUAAACAUAACGAUUUGACCGAAUAUCUGGUGGAUACAGAUAGUAAUAAGGACUGUGUUAUCAUAUUCGAUGACGAUAAAGUUAAACAAUUCAGAUUAUCCUUCGAAGUCAAUUCAGAAUACGAAGAUUUUAUUUGUGGGAAAAAGAAUGGUAAGCUAACUAGAAUCAUAGACAAUGUAAAAUCUAUCAUUGAAUUAUCAAACAACAGCAAAUCGACUCAAAAUAAUGGUGAUGAUACAAUGAAUCUAACAGUUAUUAGUUGCAAUUUCAAGGAUUUUAGGAACUCUAUGAAAAACAUUGUUAAUGAAUUACCAGCAGAAGAAUCAUUUUUCAUUCCAGAGGUAUAUCAUAGACCCAUUAUUGGAGCAGGUGGUACUAUAGUUCAGACAAUUAUGAGAAAGCACAACGUUUUCAUUCAAUUUUCAAAUAGUUUUUCUUUACCUCAAAAUAAUUUUGGAAUUACAAGAUAUCAUAACGUUGUUAUCCGUUGUCCAACAAAGAAUGAACAGAAUAUUAGAUUUGCAAAGAAUGAAAUAUUUAAGUUAGUAGAUGAUUUUAAUUAUAUGCAGAUCAUUGAAUCAUUGAACUUGACGAACAACCGAUUUGAAAGUAUCAUUUUGGCAUCAGCUGAUAAUACAAACCUAAACAAAUUGAUUCAAUUUGAGAGGAAAUAUAAUGUAUUUAUUGAUUUCCCAAGUGACUUAUCAAGAAGUGACAACGAACCUGUAUUACUAAAAAUUAUCGGUAAUGACGCUUCAAGUACUCUGGAAGCCGUCGAUGAUAUAACUAAUGAUCUGUCACAGUGGUACAGAGAGUUAACUUUAAAAAUAUCCUCAAAUUUUAAAGUUUAUUCUCAAAAGAAAGAUAAUGUAGCCAAAUUGUACAAUGAGGUCAUUAUUCCCUUGGAGGAAGCAUUUAAUCAAGUCUUCAUUAGUUUCAGUCAAUUGAAUUCUGUUAUUGCAGUUGCAUACAACGGUGAUUCCUCUAUAAACCCUAGAGAUAAUGUAAACAAGAUUGUAGAAUUCAUCACAUCAUAUUUGAUUGAGCAAGGGAUGACAAUCAUUAAUAAGAGUCAGGCUCCUGAUACCGUCGAAUAA